AUGGAGAACCUCAGUGAGCUCCAAAAUCCUUUGUUGGACAAAAAUACCAAGCACAUGGUCAACGGUUAUGGGGGAGACUUUCCAAAUAACCAGUAUCAGGAGAACAUUAUCAACUACUUCGGUGGCGAGAGCGGUGGUGGCGGCGGCGGGGGGAAAUCGAGCAAUGCUGUAAGCGGUGGAGGAGGCUACAAUAGCAAUGGCAAGAUGAAGUCGCAGCAGCUCUUGGAUGCCACUUCGCUUCAUUUGGCUGUGGAGGCUUUCUAUAGGCCCAACUUCAUCCUGUACAAAGAGGACAAUGGCAGCGUCAAGGCUAAGGAAUACAAAACUGAAUGCUGCGAGACCACCUUCACCGAAAAGAAGGCCAAAGAGAGUACAAACUCAACCGGCGGAGACACAGCGGGCUCGGAGGAACCGCAGAUGAAGGUGCCGGAGGAUGGCGAGCACGUAAAGAUCCAGACCGUUUCGUAUGAGGUCGAGGAGGAAGAGUACAUUGAAUAUGAGACAGACUGCUCCAGUGACAGCGAAAGUGAGGACAAUUUCAUCGUCGUGCCACCGCGAGACCACCUCGGCUUGGCCAUUUUCUCCAUGCUCUGCUGCUUCUGGCCUCUGGGAAUAGCAGCAUUUUACUUCUCGCAGGGGACCACCAAAGCGGUGCACAAAGGCGACUUCCCACUGGCGAACAUUGCCUCCCGACGCGCUCUGUUCCUGGCCGCCCUAUCCAUCACCAUCGGCACCGGAGUCUACGUGGGGGUGGUGGUGGCACUCAUCGCCUACCUUUCAAAACCAGGACACAUAUAG